GGUAUUACUGGCCAUGAGGUUUGCCAUUACUUCUGGAGUAUUGAUGAACGCUUGGAUUGGGAUGCUACUCUUGAGUCCAGUGUCUGUACUGAGUGGUUGGCUGAGGACACUUUUAUCAGUCACAACGUCAUCAAGAGGGUGUGGCCGGCCUCUCAGAGAGACGCCCUCUUCUGGUCACACCUCCGUCAUGUGACAGGGAAGAAUGACGAGGAACCAGACAGGUGGAUUGUCGUCAAUUACUCAACGGAGGACAGUAAAAUUCCUAACAAGUAUGUGCGAGUUAAAAUGAAUGUGGCCAUGAUAUGUGAGACCAUCAUUGAUCCACCCGCUGAUGGUAAUAUCAGUCGUGACGACAUCAAGUGUAAAAUCAGGAACACCGCAGAGGUUAACCCAGGAGGAUCGGCCCCAGCCUCUGUGUGGAGAGGUGUGUACAAGAGAGAGUACCCCAAGUUCCUCAAACGAUUCACCAGCUAUGUCAAGGACACGGUCAAAGAUAAACCUAUCCUUUUCUAAACGCUGCUUUGUUACUUCUUUAUUGUGCCUUCUUGUCUCCAUUUCUAAUUAAAAACUUCUGUAGCUUUUUCAGCUUUAGGAAAUUUCAGUUUGUCUGGUUUGUUACGCAAGGAUACCAGAUCACUACAUGUACACUGUAUAUACUGUAGACAUAUGGACUUUGGUUUUGUUCUGUGUUGAAAAAUCAUUGGUAAAUAUCAAGGCGAAGGUACAGUAGUAAUUGUUCAUAGCAGGGGUUUAGCUAGAAAAAUGUUAAUAAAAUGUCCAUCCAAAGAAAGGCAAGUAUUGUACAAACUUUGUAGAGAAUUAAAAAAAAAAAUGUUGAUAUGUGUACUA